UAAUAAUAUGGGUGACAAUAACCGCCAACAAUUGGGUUAUUCUACUAGAAACUCGUUAAUAAAGUUACGUGAUGAUAUUCGCGCUUUAGUAGAUGUGAAUACACAGAAGAAAUUGAGCAGAUGCGAGCUUAUAAGGAACAUAAUAUCGUUUUCAUCAGAAAAAGUACUACUGUCGGGAGUGGCCUAUACAAUCACAUUCACAUACAUAAUAUGCCUAAUAUUGACAUACUUGAUUGGCGAGUCAGUGCAAGCCCAUGCAUACUUACUCUGGGAAGCCCUGUUCCUAUUUGCCAUACUGGUGAUUAAUUUUGCAGUGGCCUUGAACGAAGAAUACUUAUAUAGGAAUGAAAUACCCCAUAGAGUGAAGAAAGUUUUAGAAACGCUAGACGACGCUGUCAAUACGUCUAUAUGGAGAGAAAACAAUUAUCCUCAUUUAUGCGCGCCGUUUUCCCCUUGUGUUAUACUACAAUGGACUUAUAGAGACGGACAUGUGGUUAAUCUGCCAUGGGCGUUACUGGUAGAAGGAGAUAUAAUAGUUCUAAGGCCAGGACAAGAAGCGCCUGGACAUUGCCAUGGGCUGCAACCUGGAGACCCAGAGCUGUUCUUUGGACAGACCUUUAAACCUAGCUCACAGCAUAAAGAAAACUUCAAUUCACCUAGAAUAAGGAUGCCCCAUCAAAACAAAGCUUAUAGAAUGUGCGAAACGCCAUAUUUGAAGAAUCUAAAAUUGGCCUUGGAGCAAGGCACGACGCGACCGCUCACCGUGUUCGAAAAACAGAGGUACUUGUGUACAGUGAAAAUAAUGGAAGGCAUAGUAUUGCCCCUUGUGAUAUCCCUAGUAGUGGUCGCGAGUUUCGUCCGGCACGUUUACCAUUUGCCGGGUGUAACGCACUGGUCAGAAAUAUACUUUCUACAAACCAUCGCCGCCUCAUUGCCGCUGUUGCAAAUCGUCUUCCCUAUCGCUUGGGUCACACUAAACUGCUAUGGACUGGCAAGGUUCAAACUCCUAUCCGAGACUCGACAGAAAUACGUCCGCCCCAAAUCGUGCUCCAUCUCAGAGGACGCCAGCGAUCCUUUAAUACAGGCUUUAAGCGAAUCUAACCUCAAACCGGAAAGCCUCAAGUCUUUAGGGAAAACCUUUUUCAAUAUCCUUACUGGAAAUGAAGAUAUGGUCGCCAGAACAGCCAAUAUAGUACAUGUGCUCGGCUCUUUAUCAGCCCUAUGCUGCGUAGACAAAAAAGGCAUUCUAUCAUGGCCGAACCCUACAGCCGAGAAAGUGUUCUUCCUUCGCAACUCUAAUCCGACAUCACACAACUCUAGCAAGACCAGCCUUGUGGGGUCCAUGGGUCAGAGUCAGACAACUUUGGAACAGCAUGGAGAUAAAACGGCUGAACCUUCCACUAUUGCUGAGAUAUUAGACUUAACACACGAUCAGAACGCGCCGUUUUGUGUGGAAUUCGACGACCAGCGCUGGCGGCAACACUUAGCCAGACUGAAACCGCUUGGUCUGGCCGCCCUGUUGAAUACCUGCGCACCCGCGCCCCGGCACACCUACGCUCAUUUCUGCGCACAUCUCACAUGCGAAGCCUUGAACAGCGAGGAUCUGGUCCCUGUGACGAACCGGCGCUGCCUGUGCGAGUUAGCCAAGCAGAUCGGCUUCACCGACAAUGUAGUCGACUCCUACACCAUCGAAGAGUGUUUGGCUGUGUUUCGACAUUUACAAGCCGAUACCAUCCGUCGAGAGACGCGUUUUGCUCGUUCCCUCCAUAUGAGCACUCGCGUCAAAGUCCCGCUGCCGCACAUGCUCGCCGUGCUCGUCAAGGAUCAGGCCAACCAACUGCAGAUGCUUACACAGGGUACAGCUGACAUAAUCCUGGACUCGUGCGUGGACUACUGGAACGGGCGCGAUCUGACGCCGAUAUCGCCUUCCGAUCGCAAGAAAAUCAUCGACUUCUACCAGCGCAACUCGUUAACAGCCUACUGCACCGCCUUUGCUUACAAGCCAUUGACCCGUGGUAUAUCAUCGACGCUUGCGCAGUUGUACCUGGAACUGCCACCGGACUCGCGCCAGCUGUACGCGCCGCUCUCGCAGCAGUGGGCCGAUGCGCCUGCGCUUCACUUUCACUCUACUGAUUCCCUGUUAUUCAACGAGGUCACAGACGAUGACGUGGCCGAUGUCGAGGGAUACUUCGAUAUGCAGUGUAAUCAGGUGUUUAUCGGCAUGGUAACAAUGCAGUACCAGGCGCAGAGCGACAUGGUGGAGUUGAUCGAGCGAUUGGAACGCGCCUGCAUACGCUUUGUGCACUUUAGCAAGGAAAACGAGCUUCGCUCGAGAGUGUUUAGUGAGAAAAUGGGGCUUGAAUCCGGCUGGAAUUGCCAUAUUUCACUCAUGAGCGAAGACCCUAAUAGCACGCGCGCGUCGCCUCUUCGCGCCGCGCCGCCCGCGCCCCGCGAACGUGCCAACACCACAUCCAAGAUCGCUAGACGCGACGACUCCCUCGCCUUUUAUUAUAGUUCGAAUAUGACGACCUCGAAAGCCCUGUCGAUGUCAGCGCCAGGCGCCAUCAAUUUGGAUCACACCACAGUGAAGUUCGACAAUGAAAUCAAGAAGGCAAGACAUUCCAUCACCACACAUACCGGACUGAAGAUGCAGCGCAGCAGCAUAGCAACGACGCACCCUUCGGCAGACUCUUUGCUUGACGAGGAGGGUCCAGACUCACCGGUGGACGCGUGCCGCUCCCUCUCUUGCCUCACCGACUCCACGGACCACUCUGCACCCGUCAACUUCGAUAUGAGCAACCGGGCGAAGUUACCACGAGGCAUCGAGAACAUCCGUCCGCACAUCGAGCAGGUGGACAACGUGCCGCUGCUCGUGUCGCUGUUUACGGACUGCGACGCGCGAUCUGUCAAACUCAUGAUUAAGAUAAUGCAGGACUAUGGCGAAGUAGUAUGCGUCAUGGGAUCUGCUGCCAACUGCUUCAACAUGGAAAUAUUCAUGCAAGCUGACGCCAGCAUAGCGGUGGAACCUUUGUACCCAGUGCUGUGCCAGAAAAUGCCGCCGUAUCAAACGCCCGAGAAGUGCAUAGGUCCCGUCGACAUUGCGCGUGCGCUCAACUCCGUGCCGUGCUCGCUAUCGCUACAAAACAAAUGGCAAAAUGAGCCGUUCACUAAAUACUGCAGUGACAAGAUGACGCGCGACGCAGACGUGUCGCUGUUCACUUUGAUAACGAUGUCGCGUCACUUCAUGGCGUGUCUGUGGAACAGCACACAGUUUUGGAUCUGCAGCGUUUGCUUCAUAGCACUACUGCAGGUGGGUUCUCUGUACGCGUUCCUGCCGCUGUCGCUGUCGGUGGGUGGCGCAUUGUGGAGCGGCGUGGUGGUCGUGCCACUGCUGGGCACGGCACUGGCCUUCGCGCCCAUCGACCCUGCUGUCAUGCAGCGCGCGGCCAACCCAACCAAAAACAUUAACAUGCAUUAUAAGAUGGUAAUUUUCGUGUUCUGGUGUUACGCGUGUAAAUUCCUUCCCUCGGCCAUAUCCAUAUUAACUCUGUACGGAUUUACGCUGCGAGAAUUCUGCGAGCAAAUAUCGACAGUGACAAACGCGACAUCCUGCUGGAUAGUUUACCCGAUAAACGUGGGCAAUUAUACAGAGAAACACGACUUGAGUUUACGCAGCUGGCACGGCUGGGGCGAUCAUUUUUACGAUGGCUUCUUUCUCGCACAGCACAUUACUCUUGCGUUAAUUACUCUGCAUUUAAUUGCAAUAUCGAUAUGUUUCAUUCAUCGACACCAUUCAAUUUGGCAAAAGGGCUUUUGGACGAAUAUUGUUUGGACUGCGACCGUAGUGAUUUUAAUAAUCCUCCAAACAAUCUUCAGCGCGACGAUAUCGAGCUACAAAUAUGGCGAAUGUGAACAAUGGGACUUGUGUGAUUAUCAGUACAAUGUGCCGUGGUCCCUCAUAGUGGCGUAUAUCAUCUCUAUUUUGGGUACCUUCGCGCUUAACGAGUUUAUUAAGUGGCAGGAAAUUAAAGUGGAUAAUCGGAACCAGAGGCGCGCUCGACUGGACUUCGGCACCAAACUAGGAAUGAACUCACCGUUCUAAACGCAUUUGGAUCUAGUCAAUUACGCUUAGUGAAAUUUUAUAAUUUAUUUGAAAUUUUAAACAUGUAUUUGGUCAAGAGCACGUCAAGUUUGAUAAUUAAGGUGUACAUUCAACUCUAUACCGUUUACAACAACAAUGGUCCAUUUUACUGCAUCUGUAUCGUAUUUCCUUGUUGUGAUAUCCUACCCCCCGUUUUUAACAAUUUCUUUCUGUAGUAAUUACAUUAAUCAUAAAGAAGAAUAAAGAAGCACAAGCUUCCUUUAUAGUAAAUAUCGCUCUAAAUGAAGUCUGCCACCGGAAACCACCGAUCAAAUUCCGAUUAACAAACGCGUGUCGAUACUUCCUCUACCCGAAUCAAACUUUCUCCCGUACUAAUACGGUUCAUUUCGCUUGGGUCGAGCGGCAGGACACUGGCUUUAUUUCAGAAUUCAUUUUUUUAUAAAUGAAAUUGAAGCCAUUUGGAAACUGUAUAUCGUAUACUAUACGUGUU